CGAUUCUUUCUUGAAUCAUAUACGGCCAAGGUUGCGGGACGGCAAGGGAAACUGGGAAGCUUAAAAAAACAAAAGGUAAAACCAAAGAGGGGGGAAAUAACGGUCAAACUAUGACGAAGAGUUCUAUGAUUCUGAAGAGCCCUGUCCACAUUCACAAGCAGAAAGCCGAGAUUUUUCUCUCCUGUCUGACCUCUUUUCUCUGAAUUUUCUUCAUACAUGGAAUACUUUCGCAGCAAAUUGGGAGAUGUAUAACUAGCAAUUUGCGAAUACAUUCUACAUUCAAGUAAUGAUACUGUGAAGGAAACACUAAAGACUCUUCAUUUAGCUGAUUGUAACCUUCUGUUAGCAUAUUUAUAAUUUGAGAAGGCGGCAUUAUCUACCUUUUUUUUAGAGCAUCUAUCCCUCGCUAUAUAGAAAGUUAGGUGCUUGAGAAAUCUAACAAUGGGGCGUGCGGAAAGCAUUCAGAUUAUCUUCCUUGCGUUUUUAUCAGUGGGCAUUUUGAAGACUGCGAUAGGGGAUCCAAGAACCAGUCUUGUAGGGCAAUUUUGCGAUGACACGUUGGCUGCUUCUGGUUCUAUUCUUGCAGACAAUUUUGUUCCUGCAAUGGACAAUCUAAGCAGUUCGGUUAAUGCAAAUGGUUAUGGAACAAACAUAACUGGGGUAGACCCUAAUGCAGUUUAUGCUCUUGCUCAGUGUUAUGGAGAUCUUAGUCCAAUUGAUUGUAAGCUUUGCUUCUCUGAGAUCAGGUCUCAGCUGCCUAAAUGUUAUCCCAAGACUGGUGGUAUAAUUUUUCUUGAUGGAUGUUUUGGGAGAUAUGAGAAUUACUCUUUCUUUAAUGAAAUAUAUUCUAUAGAUGAUAGAGCUGUCUGUUCUUCCAGUAAAAACAGUUCAGAUCCAAGUAUUUUUGGUCAACUUGUGAAGGCCGUAGUUGGUAAUGUGUCUUUGCAAGCUCGGCAUAAUCAUGGUUUUGCUGUUGAUUCAGCUUCAGCCUCAAAUUCUACUGUUUAUGCUCUUGCUCAGUGCUGGGAGAACCUAAACCAUUCACUUUGUAGCUCAUGUCUUGAUUCUGCUGCUUCAAAAAUUCUUUCUUGUUCCCCAUCUAUGGAAGGUCGGGCUCUCUAUGCUGGUUGUUUCAUAAGAUACUCGACAGGACUUUUCUGGAAUGUAAACAAUUCACCUUCCAGUUCUAAGGGUAAAAGUAAAACCAUAUGGGCAAUAGUCGGUUCGUUGCUUGGUGGUAUUCUUAUACUGGUGGGAGCAAUUUUGAUUGCAAAAAGAAGAGGCUUGUUGGGAAGAAAGAAGAGUCCAUCACUAAAAGACUUGUAUGGGCCUGAAAUUGCAGCAGCCAUUUCUCAGUCAAAUUUAAACUUCAAAUAUGAAGAAUUGAAAAAGGCUACAAAUAACUUUAGCUUGUCAAACAAACUUGGUCAAGGUAGUUAUGGGACUGUAUACAAGGGCAUUCUUUCUGAUAGGACGGAAGUGGCUGUAAAGAAGCUGUUUCUUAACACAAAGCAGUGGAUCGAUCAAUUCUUCAAUGAAGUCGAUCUGGUAAACCAAGUUCGCCAUAAGAAUCUAGUGAGGCUGCUGGGCUGCAGUCUAGAUGGUUCAGAGAGCUUACUUGUUUAUGAGUACUACUACAACAAGAGCCUGGAUCUUUUUUUAUUUGAUGAAAAUCAAGAUAAAUUUUUAGACUGGCAGCAAAGAUUUGAUAUCAUUCAAGGAAUUGCAGAAGGUCUAUCUUAUCUCCAUGAAGAGUCCGACACACGAAUCAUUCAUCGAGAUAUCAAGGCUAGUAAUAUCCUAUUGGAUGCCAAGUUUAAGCCUAAAAUUACUGACUUUGGCCUUGCAAGAUGUUUUGCUCAAGAUCAAACUCACCUUACUACUGGGAUCGCCGGAACACUGGGUUAUCUUGCUCCGGAAUAUAUUGUGCAUGGGCUUCUUACUGAGAAAGUAGAUGUGUACAGCUUUGGUAUUCUGGUUCUUGAAAUCACCACUGGGAAGAGAUGCAGCAGUCCUGUAGGAUCUCAUGCAGAACAUUCGCUUUUAGCCAAGGUGUGGAAACAUUACAAGGCUAAUUCAUUGGAUGAUAUAAUUGACAAGAAGAUCUACGACAAGAGUGUGGGCGAUGAGAUCGUCCAAGUUAUGUUGAUAGGGCUUCGAUGCACGCAAGGCGACCCACAAAGCCGGCCGACGAUGUCGAGAGCUGUCGAAAUGCUCAGAAGCAACAACUGUGAAGAAGUGCUUAUUCUCAGUGAUCCUCCAUUCUUAGAUGUCUCUCCCAUGGAAGAAGAUCUUGAACAAGGUGAAAGCUCUAGGCUGAUUCAUACAGGCCUUUCUAACUCUAGUUUUGGUGCAGGGUGAGCUUAUUAAUCACUAUUGUAAUUGAAUCUGCUUAAGUAGUGCUGUAUUAUUCUUUGAGCCUUUGUAUGUAUAUAUUUGUUUGAGAGGCUUGAAAAGAUUUGUAGGAAGACGGUAAUCUCUGUGAUUUUUUUUUCUUUUUUUUUCAACAACAAAAAAAAAAUUGUUUAAAAUGGA